GAAUUAAAACGGAAAAAUUAACUCACUUUCGUAAAAUGUUUUCGUAGACAACACGUGUCCCAAGUGAGAAACAAAUUUAAAAAAAAGUUUUCUGUCGAUUGUAUCAGUAUUUUUAUGUUCAAGGAGCAUGUCGUCAUUGAUAAGUAAUAAUAUAUAAAUACAUAACGUGUGUUAAAAACGCUGUCUCACAUGUGUACGUUUUCACGUAAAUUCAAUAAAAUUAUAUUUUAUUAACUAGGACAGAUUUAAAUGUGGUUACUGUGGCUGAGCUGUUUGGCGCUACAAAAAUGAAAGAAUUUCUCACAGUUGCCUUGCAAACUGUGAUCACUUAUUCAUGGAUAACAAUAGAAACCUCUUUAUAGAUGAGACACAUUUGCAUAAGACAGAUAGCAACACUGCCAUUGAAAUAGAUACUGCUGAUAAAGAAAAUAUUGCUGAGAAUUUUGAAAGCACUGCCCACGAUAAUUUAAUAGAAAACGUAGACGAAGAUUUAAUAGCUACAGUAAAAGAGAGACCAGCCCUGUAUGACUAUCGAAUAUCCGUAAAGGAACGAAGAAGGAAACAGAAAGAUCAUUUGUGGCAGGAAGUCAGCAACUGUUUAAAAGGUUUCUAUUCUGCUGCAGAAGCAGAAAAAAAAUGGCUCUAUCUAAAAGACUGCUACAGAAAAGCCAGAAAUACAAUAAAAAAGAAAGAGAGUUUUGUACAAAAAAGUGGGACAGCUGGUUUACCUAAAACUUAUGAAAUUAAACCGUCUUGUCGUCAUUACAACGCCAUGACUUUUUUAAAUGAUACAUUGGAAUAUCGACAGUAA